AAAACGAUUGUAGCGCAAACAUUAUGGAGCUCUUAGAAGAACGUCUUAGGCGUUACGAAGAUGAAGCAGGACAAAUUAAUAGUACAUCAACAUUAAUAGACAAAAUUUCAUAUUUACAAAAAAAUAAAGAAAAUGAU